UCUGACCUUCUCUUACAAGCUGGCGGGAAAAUCCCAAAUCUUUUCCCGGGAAAGUGGAUUAAAAAUUUCGGCCAUUAAAGGACAAAAUCACAAGAAAGUAGAAACCCUAGAGAUAUUUCGAAACCGAAGCAACCCCUUUUAAAGCCUCCUUCUUAUCUCUUUAUAAAAACCAUUUCUUUCCUGCAACAUCGUUGCUUACCCAUCAGACGCCCAUCACCUGUUCGAUAAAAUUCCUCUGAGACCUUUUCUAAUUUUUCUUCUUUGACCGAAAAAAAAAACAUGUAUGUGGUGAAGCGUGACGGAAGGCAGGAAACUGUUCAUUUCGAUAAGAUUACUGCCCGGCUUAAGAAGCUUAGCUAUGGGCUUAGCAGUGACCAUUGUGACCCUGUCCUCGUUGCUCAGAAGGUCUGUGCUGGUGUCUACAAGGGAGUCACCACAAGUCAACUCGAUGAGUUAGCCGCUGAGACUGCUGCUGCUAUGACCUGUAACCAUCCUGAUUAUGCAUCUCUUGCUGCUAGGAUUGCUGUCUCAAACCUUCACAAGAACACUAAGAAAUCGUUUUCUGAGACGGUUAAGGACAUGUUCAAUCAUGUCAGUGAGAGAUCUGGACUAAAGUCCCCACUAAUAGCUGAUGAUGUAUUUGACAUAAUUAUGCAGAACGCUGCUCGUCUGGACAGUGAAAUAAUCUAUGAUCGUGAUUUUGAAUACGAUUUCUUUGGAUUUAAAACUCUUGAGAGAUCAUACCUCUUAAAAGUCGAAGGGAAAGUUGUUGAAAGGCCUCAACACAUGCUGAUGAGGGUAGCUGUUGGCAUUCACAAGGAUGAUAUUGAUUCCGCGAUCCAAACUUACCAUUUGAUGUCUCAGAGAUGGUUCACUCAUGCAUCUCCUACACUCUUCAAUGCAGGAACGCCUAGGCCUCAAUUAAGCAGCUGCUUUCUGGUGUGCAUGAAAGAUGAUAGCAUUGACGGCAUAUAUGAAACACUUAAAGAGUGUGCUGUUAUAAGCAAAUCUGCUGGGGGUAUUGGUGUUUCAAUUCAUAAUAUUCGUGCAACUGGAAGUUAUAUUCGUGGCACAAAUGGAACAUCUAAUGGUAUUGUUCCAAUGCUGCGUGUAUUCAAUGAUACUGCUCGUUAUGUUGAUCAAGGAGGAGGCAAGAGAAAGGGAGCCUUUGCUGUAUACCUGGAGCCAUGGCAUGCUGAUGUCUUUGAGUUUCUGGAGCUGCGUAAGAACCAUGGGAAGGAAGAACACAGGGCUAGAGACUUGUUUUAUGCUCUCUGGAUUCCAGAUCUCUUCAUGGAGAGGGUCCAGAGCGAUGGGAAGUGGUCACUGUUUUGUCCAAACGAAGCUCCGGGUUUGGCAGAUUGCUGGGGCGCUGAAUUUGAGACACUGUACACGAAGUAUGAAAGAGAGGGAAAAGCCAAGAAGGUUGUUCAGGCGCAGCAGCUUUGGUAUGAAAUAUUGACAUCCCAGGUAGAAACAGGAACACCAUACAUGCUUUUCAAGGAUUCAUGUAACAGAAAAAGUAAUCAGCAAAAUCUGGGAACAAUAAAGUCAUCCAAUUUAUGCACUGAAAUCAUUGAGUACACUAGUCCUACAGAAACUGCUGUGUGCAAUCUUGCAUCUAUUGCUUUACCCAGAUUUGUAAGGGAGAAGGACAUCCCGUUAGACUCUCAUCCAUCUAAGCUUGCUGGCAGUCUGGGCUCAAAGAAUCGUUACUUUGAUUUUGACAAGUUAGCAGAGGUGACUGCUACUGUUACUAUCAAUCUCAAUAAGAUAAUAGAUGUGAAUUACUAUCCUGUGGAGACUGCAAAAACUUCAAACAUGCGUCACAGACCUAUUGGUAUCGGUGUACAAGGUCUUGCAGAUGCAUUUAUCCUCCUUGGAAUGCCAUUUGAUUCUCCAGAGGCGCAACAAUUGAAUAAGGAUAUAUUUGAAACUAUAUACUACCAUGCACUCAAAGCAUCUUCAGAGCUUGCUGCAAGAGUUGGGCCCUAUGAAACCUACGCAGGAAGUCCUGUGAGUAAGGGAAUCCUUCAACCUGACAUGUGGAAUGUAAUUCCAUCAAACCGCUGGGACUGGGCUGAUCUUAGAGCUAUGAUAUCAAAGAAUGGAGUGAGGAACUCUCUUUUAGUAGCACCUAUGCCAACUGCUUCAACCAGUCAGAUUCUCGGGAACAAUGAAUGUUUUGAGCCAUACACAUCAAACAUCUACAGCCGCAGAGUCUUGAGUGGUGAGUUCGUAGUGGUGAAUAAGCAUCUUCUCCAUGACUUGACUGAUAUGGGACUUUGGACUCCAACGUUGAAGAACAAAUUAAUUAAUGAGAAUGGUUCUAUAGUAAAUGUUGCGGAGAUACCUGACGACUUGAAGGCUAUUUACAGAACCGUCUGGGAAAUCAAACAGAGAACAGUGGUGGACAUGGCUGUUGAUCGUGGAUGUUACAUAGAUCAAAGCCAAAGCUUAAACAUACACAUGGACAAACCCAACUUCGCAAAACUCACUUCCUUACACUUCUAUGCUUGGAAAAAGGGUUUGAAAACCGGGAUGUAUUACCUGCGAUCUCGUGCUGCAGCUGAUGCGAUAAAGUUCACAGUUGACACAGCCAUGCUCAAGGAGAAGCCGAGUGUAGUAGAAGGAGGUAAAGAAGUAGAAGAAGAGGAUAAUGAAACCAAGUUGGCGCAGAUGGUAUGUUCCUUGACAAACCCUGACGAAUGUUUAGCCUGCGGAAGUUGAAGCUCUUUGUGAUAUAGUUUGGUCUUCAAAAGCAAGAAAGUAAAAGCACAGUCUCGUGGACUUUGGGUCUUUUCUAUAUAACUUGCUUUGUUGAUCUGUGUGUAUGUUGUUAAUAGUUUCCGAAUGCUUAACGUUGCUUCGAGUUUUGUGUAAUCCAAUUUCGUCUUUUCUUUUUCUUGAAACAAUGGGUUUGUAACGAGAAAAUAUAUAAUCUUAUAGUAGAUUUUGCUAUCAAUUGUUUA